UUAAGAUUUUAUGGUGACCUAAUAAUAUUAUGAUAUAUUUUAAAUGGUGUAAGUAAACAUGAACAAUAUUUGUUCCUAUACAAUUAUUCAAUAUUGUAAACAUUUUUGAUAAUCGAAUGUUAUUGGUCGGCGUUUGUGCGUUCAAAAUGUAAAAUACUAUUGAUUUUUUGAAUGUUGUUAACAUGCAGUGCAAAAACAUAUGUGUUAUUUUCGCUGUCAAAUGGCUCUAAUGUUUCAGUGGCGUGUCGCACCAUUAUAAAUUUGCGACACCUAAACUUAUUCACACUACUAUGGCCAUGUGACCAUUGGUAUUAUAUAGCAGUAUAGUGCGGUACCAUCAUGUUGGCUGUGUACCCAUUGUUCAUAUUGAGUCUGUUGUACCAUACAAAGACUAUCUACUCGAAAAACGAUUUAUGUUUAAAAGUAUGCAGUUGUCAUUCAACAUUUGUCAAAUGCAGCAACGCUUCGUUGACCAGUGUGCCAGACUCGUUGCCUCAAUGGUCUGAAAGUUUGUAAGUAAAUUAGUAUUAAUUGACAACAAUGUAAUUGAAUUUUUAGUACUUAAUUGAGGGACUAAUUUAUACAUUAAGUUCUUGUUAAAAGUAAAUUUUAUUUAAUUCAAUUUAUUUUUUGUAUUGAUACAAUAGAUUUGUAUGGGUUUUUAACAUGAAAUAAAUGAAUGAAUAUAAUUACUUGAUUUAUUAUCAUUAAUAACAAAGUAAUCUUGUAAAUUUUUAUAAGGUAAUCUCGUCAGUCUUCUAGGUAGUAUUCAAAUGUCGACCAACACAUCAUGAUAAUAUAUAUAAGUACUUAUGUUAUUUUUUUUUUCUUUCAUUAAUAAUUUUUUUUCUCAUCUAGAUAUUUUAUACUUGUUAUAUCUUUUAAAAAGUUUAUUAAAGUUAACUUGGCAUGUAUGAUUACACAUUUCUUUGAUGAAUUAUUUAAAGUGAAAAGUAAUAUUAAAUUUUGUUGGUUUAAAUUACAAUUAUAUUGAUCACUAUUCAACUAUAUUAAUUACAAACCAAUAUAAUAUACUUUUUCAUAUAAACCUAAUUUUGGUAUCUACUUUAUAAGUACUUUUGUGUUUCCAUUUUUAUUAUCUAAUAUUUGUUAAUAUAAUUUCAACAAUGCUAUGUCAUUUAUGAGUGACAUAAAUUUAAAUAAAACUUGUAUAUUCCAAUUUUUUUUUUUUUUAUUUAAUAUUAUCCAUUUGAUGUAGAAAAAAAUAGAUGCGAGUUGUUAGAAUGAUGUGUUAUACAAAUAUUUGGUUUUAAUAAAUCUAAUAAAUACUAAACUCUAUUCAGAAUAAGAACAGACCGCAUUCGCGUAUUGCAACCGAGCUCUUAGCACUGUCAGACGACCCGGCGGGGGAUUUGUUAAUUAUUCUGCAAUUACCGUUUACGAUCGCGCACCAUCAUCAAUCUCGCCAUCGUGUAUACAACGAGUCAUAGAGCCGUAAUGGGGAUAGAUACACAAACACUUAGUCUGUUCUUAUUCUGAAUAGAAUAUAGCACUGGAUUAAAAUUAUUUGUAUUAUAGCAAUAGCUAAUUAAAAUAUGUGAAACCAUUUUUAUUUUUAGAGAUUUAAGUUCAAAUAAAUUUGGAGAAACAUUAAAAAUUGAUAUUGAUGAUAGACUUCCAUUAAGAACAUUGUAAGUAUCUACCUGAUUAGUAAUACUUAGCUACACUAUGUGUUUAUUAAUUUGUAUUUAUUUUUUUUUUUUUUCAGGCUACUUAAUAAAAAUUCUUUAAUAUCAUUGCCAUUCUUCACGAAAAAACUUAACAUCAUAAGUUUAAAUUUGUAAGUUGAAUAUUUAUAUUAAUAAAAUUCGGUGCAUAAUAUUUCUGUCUUGGAUUUUUAGGGCUCAUAAUAAAAUAGAAAAGUUGGACUAUAUUGCAUUACAAAAUUUACCCAAUUUGGAAACUUUAGAUUUGAAACAAAAUAAAUUGGUAUUUUUGAAGGAUAACAAUUUUCCACAACCUUCCUAUAUCCAGACACUGUUAGUAUACAAUUUUUGAUGGCAAUGUUAAAUCAAUAAUAAUAAACUGUUUAAAUAUAUAACACGGAUAUUAAUAUAAUUUUUUUUUUUUUUUUAGGAAUUUAAAUAAUAAUUUAAUUUCACAACUUAAUGUUAAUUGUUUUGUCACAUUAACAAAUUUGAUAAAGUUAAAACUUUCUCAUAAUAAACUGAACAGUUUACCUAUUGGAUUGUUUAAAAAACUCAGAAAUCUUAAAUAUCUGUAUGUAUGAUUGUUAUGUUUUAUAAUAACUAUCUAUACUAAAAAUACUACAAAUUGUUUAAUUUUUAGUGACCUGAGUAAAAAUAACAUCACUAUUAUUGAAGGCUUAUUAUUUAAAGAUUUAAUAAAUUUGGAAAAAUUAAUAUUACAAAAUAAUAAUAUUAAAGAUUUAAAGGAUGGAUCAUUUUAUGGUUUAAAAAACUUAAAACGUUUGUAUGUAUAUGUUAUUUAUAUAAUUAUAUAUUUGUUAAACAUUUGUAUUUAGUUAACUAUGAAUACAAAUUUAAAGAUUCUAAGAAUUUAAUACUAAAACCAUAUAUUUAUUUACAUUCCAAAUGAAAUUUUAGUUUAAUUCAAAUAUAUUAAUAAUUUAACCAUUUAUUUUGUAUAAAUCCAGACAUUUAGAAGAUAAUAAUUUGAGCAGUAUAGAAAAAGGUUGGUUGUAUGGAUUGAAUUCACUUACAAUAUUAAAUAUAAGUCAUAAUAGAAUAGAUCAAAUUAAAAGUGGAUGGGAGUAUUGUGCAGAACUUCUAGAAUUGUUAGUAUUUAAUAUAAAAGAGUAUUUUAACUUAAGAAAUAUGUUUUCAAAAUGUUAAUGUGUAAUUUGUUUACAGAGAUUUGUCUUUCAAUGAACUACAAUGCAUUGAAAAAAGUAGCCUAGAAAAUUUAAAUAAAUUAACAAGUUUGAAUUUAAAUAACAAUAAGUUGACAUUUAUUGAAGAAGGGUCAUUUAAUAAUACACCAUCCAUUGCAGUAUUGUAAGUUACAAAGAAUAUAUUAAUAUAUAUUAUAGUAUUGUUAUAAUAUACGAGUUUUUAUUUUGAAAAUUGUAGUUAAGAUUCUUAGUGUAAUGAAGAAGCUUUUAGUUGUUUUACUCAGAUUUGUGUUUUAUUUUUUAAUCAGGCUUAAAACUAAUUAGUCUUAAUUAAAAAACCAUAAAAACUAAUAAUAAUUAGAACUGAUACUGAUAGCUACUUUUGUUUUUAAAAAUUGUUAGCAUAAUUCAUUUAACUGUUAAUCAAUCAAAAUAAUUAAACAAGUUGUAAUCAAAAUUCUUAUUUUAUUUCAAGGAAUGAUUUUUUAAUUAAGAUCCUCAAUUUAGAAAAGAUUUUUUUUUUGUUCUUUUUAUUAACUAAUAAAUUUGAAAAUAAUAAACUAAUUAAAUUUUUAUUUUGAAUUUUCAAUAUAGACUUUUUCUGAUAAAUCUGUAAUCUGUAAUUUUUCUAAAAAUUUAAUGCAAAUUUCACAGUUAUAAUGUAUAUUAUAAUAUAAUAUAAUACAAUGGAAUUGGAUGAUUAUCAAAAUUUUUUGUAAUAUUGGUGUAGUCAGAAAUUUUAGUAGUUCCACGAUAAAUUACUAUAGUCUAUUUCAAAAGAGAACAUACCAGUUAGCGGAUGCGACGCGCACCCCCCACUAACUACCGCUAGUCACAACCACCAACUGGUUAUUGUGAACCUAUAUACACCUGAUGUCAAAUUAUAAUUAGGGUUCAGAAUAAAACAGUUAUUGUUAUUUUCAUUUAAACCAAUACAACCGUUUUACUAUGAUGUUUAUUUUUUAUUUGUUUUUAUUUCGUGAACACGUUUUCUCCUACUAAACUUGCUCAAAAGUAUCAAGUGUAGUAUUUUUUCUGAAAGGUAAUGUUCUUGAGCUGGUACUUUAGAGAGGUCAUUUUUUGAUUUUCAAAAACGGUACUCGAAAUAAAAUCGAUUAAGCCGGAAAAACGUAAGAUUUCACUAUUACAUUAUAUUAAAUAAUUUCUACCAGAAAUAUUGCUACAAUUAAAAUAUUACAAGAUUUAUAUUUAUAUAUCAAAUAAAAACUAUUUACUAGGGAUGGGCCGAUACAAAUUAUAUAUUAUAAAGUAAUAGGUAGGUACCAUCAUAUUAGGUAAUCGUUCACGCCGCGGCACUCAAAUAUCAUUAAUUAUAAACAAUUCAUUUGAAAUCAGACAGUUUCGUUGUUGCAUUAUUUUAACGAUAGUGGGAGAAAUUAGCCUGGAACGGCUGAUAUUUUGACAUGCGCGAAAGUGAUAUGUUCUCUUUUGAAAUAUACUAUAUCAAUAAUGACUUCUGUUAAUAUUGAUUUUUUUUUUUCUGUAAUUUAGUAAAAGUGCACCAUAAAGAUAUAAAGAUCUAGAAUGCUCAUCUAAUAUUAGCAAUAUCUAGAGCUAAGCAUGUCAAUUUUCAAAUUAAGUCAAUUUUUUUUAGUUUUAUUUUUUUAUUUUAUUAUUAAACAAUUUUAAAUGUUUGAUAAGUGCUUGAAAUUUUAAACCAGGAUACUCAAAGGUUGAUCUUUUUAUGAAAAUAUAAAAAAAUUAAUAAUCUGUAGUUACAAUUUUUUUUGUACUAGGUGUUUAACAUUCCAACUUAUGAUACAAUGUUUAUAAAGAGCAACAUUUAUUUGCAUAAAACAAUAUUUAUAUAUAUAUUUUCUUUUUUUUUUUUCAGAAAUAUGGAUCAUAAUAUUUUAGCCUGGUUAAUUGAAGAUGCUAAAGGAUCUUUUAAUGGUCUAACAAAUUUGAAAAAAUUAAGUUUAGCUGACACCAAUAUUUUAUACAUAAAAAAAGAAGCGUUUUGUGGCCUAGACAAUUUAGAGGAAUUAAAUUUAAUGCAAAACAGUAUCCAAGAAAUACAGGAAGAUGCUUUCAAAUGUAUGCCUAAUCUUGAUGUUCUGUAUUUAAAUAGUUCAUCAUUAGUAUGUGACUGUUCACUGUCAUGGAUUAAACAACCCAAAGUCUAUGAAAAUUUACCUUUAGAUUUCACAAAUAUAUCUUGUGGUUUUCCUGAUCAAAAUAAAGGAAAAAAUUUAGAUCAAAUAUCUGAAUCAGAUUUCUUAUGUGGUAAGUAUAAAUGAUAAAAGAAAUAAUGUGUAAUUAUUAAUUGAUUUUUAUUUUAGUUAAAAAUAGUGAAAAACCAAUGAUUAUCUUCCACCCAGAAUCUAAAAUGGUUCUUGAAAAUCAAAAUAUUACUUUAAAAUGUGGUGUUAAUUCUUCAUCCAGUGAAAAAAUUAAUUUUGUUUGGAAGAAAGAUAACCGUGAUUUAGAAUUUGUUUCUAUGAAUCAUUAUUCAUCUUUUGAGUUUAAUGGUAUAACACAGUAUUCUAUAUUGAAUUUAUAUAACAUAUCAAUGUCACAAAGUGGUAAAUAUCAAUGUGUUGCUUCCAAUAAGCAUGGUAUCACUUAUUCUAACAGGUCAUCAAUAUCUGUCGUUAGUAAGUAUCAUAUGUAUAUUAAAUUACUAUCUUAGCUUUCAUCCCAACUAUUUAGUGUCUGCUAUGCUCUUCCUAAACUUGUACUUGGCCUGAUAUUUCUCCUCAUAUGCAUUGGGUCCUCAAGGGUGGCCUCAUAUCAUUCUCAAUCACAUCAAACCACCUCUAUUUUGGUCUUCCUUUUUCCUCCUGUGUUUAUUUUGAUUACUAUUCUUAGUGUUUCUGAUAACUCUUUUCAUGACAUGCCCAAUCCAUCUCGGUCUAUUUUCUUUAAUUCUGUCUACUAUAGAAGCCAAGUUACCUCUUAUGUACUGUAUUCCUUAUCCUAUCUACUCUUUUCACUCCAAUCAUUCAUCUGAGCAUUAUCAUCUCUGCUACACUCCUAACUGUACAGCACACUUUUUUAAAACUUGCCUUUAAAUCUCAUUUGAAUUCUCUUGUCACAUAAAACACCUUCUUUUCACUUUAUCGGACCACACUUAAAUCUGAGUUUUACUUUGAUAUCAAAGUCCCCAUUAUUUUGGAUAAAGGAUCCUAGGUUCUUAAAACUCAAUCACUCCUAUCACAUCACAGAUUAUUGCCAUUAGCAGUUUUCUCCUGUUCUACCAAACUUAUACUCUAUAAUCUAUAUACUCUGUUCUAUUUAUCCUGAGUAAUAUUCUUACUUGUCAUUAGUAUUUUUUACACUAGUUAAAUAUGUAUAUUUUUAUUUUUAGUUUUUCCAUUUUUCGCUAAAGUACCUGGGAAUAGUUCAGUGAAAGUUGGCCAACAAGUGAAGUUGGAAUGUGCUGCAAAUGGACAUCCUGCUCCUCAAAUAUCUUGGCAAAAAGAUGGUGGAAAUGAUUUUCCAGCUGCUCAAGAGCGUCGUAUGCAAGUUGUUGCCAAAGAUGAUGUAUUUUUAAUUGUUCAUGUAAAAUUAGUUGACAUGGGCAUAUAUAGUUGUACUGCUAAGAAUGUUGCAGGAAUGAUUGCUGCAAAUGCAACACUUACUGUGUUAGGUAAAAAAAAAAAUAAUAUAUAUCAAUAUUUGAAUGAUUUAGUUCUAUUGUAAUUUUUUUUCUCCACAGAACCUCCUCAAAUUAAAAAUGUAAUGGAAAAAAAACAAGUGUAUGUUGGCGAAGAAAUUGUACUUGAAUGUUUAAGUUAUGGAUCUCCAAAACCAAAAAUGAAAUGGAUGAAAAAUGGCAUUCCUUUAAUAACAACCAGUAGACAUUAUUUUACUGCCGAGAAUCAAAUUUUAGUUAUAGUGAAAACAAAUAUAGAUGAUUCUGGUACUUAUCAGUGUGAAACAGCUAAUUCUUAUGGAAUACAAAUGCAAGAAAUGGAAGUUCUUAUUCUACCAAGUAUGUAUUUAUGUAUUAAUUUGUUUAGUGUAUUUGAUUUCCAUAGUUUGUGUUUUCAUCUAUACAACUAAAUAAUUUGUGCUUUAAAAUUUUCUAGAAAUCUGAAACUUAAGAAUUUACACAAAACUUGAAUUUGAAAAAUUUUUUUUUUAAUGAAAUUACUAUUAUUACAAUUAUAUAUAAAUUCAAAAAUUUUGUUAAAUACUUAUUUUUGACUAUAUGUUUUGAUUUAGUAUAUAAAAGUUUCAUGAACAAAUAUAUCAUUGGAUUGAUUAUCAUUUUGGUAAUUAUAUGCAUCAUUAUAGCAUCGGCAAUGCUGGUGUUAUAUAUUUACGGAUCAAGAAACCCAUUAUUGGGUUUAUUAAAUAAUGCUGAUAAUAAAUCAUUGAACUAUUCCACACACAGUAAUGAUAGUGGUACUGGUGAAUCUCCAAAAAGAAGCCAUGGUAAAUUAUUCAACCAAUUUAAAAAAUUAAUAAUAAUACUUAGAUUUUAGAAAAUCUAUAAAAAUUAAUUACAUUUAUAAUAUCGCUUAAUUUAUUUAUUUAGGUUUAAACACAUAUCAAGCAUUGAACAAAAGCCUAGGAAAUUCGUCACCUGAAAUAACUUCUCCAUUACUGUCACAUGGUACUGUGACUUUGGGUGAGGAUGCUGUUAUUUAUAGGAGUCCAAAAAUAGCAACAUUGCCUACCAAUCUACAAAUCAAUAAACUAUAUGAUGAAGAUUCUAAUUCAAUAACAAUGUGUGUUCAAAAUUCUGAAAGCCCAUGUUCUAUACCUGUUUGUUUUAAAAAUGGGUCACAAUCUCCACCACUUGUUAAAAAUUCAAAUUCCUAGGUUUUUACUUGGGUAUAAUUUGAUUGCACACAUAUUUUUCAGAUAACUAUUACUUGUGUUUUGAAUUUUUUGGUUUACUAAUAUUAGUAAUAAUGUCUGUUGUUUUCAUGGCUUUAAUAAUAACGAAUAUAGAUAUUUUUGUCGGAAAAAAAGAAGAAAUUUUAAAAUAAUUUCAAGGUUAUUGGUUUAUCAACAAGAGAUAGACAAUUUGAUUAAAUAUAUUUGUUCAUGGAAAACUCUGUAUGUAAUUUCUUUUAGGAUGUUGGAAGCAGUUUUACAAAUUAUUUCCAAUUUUGGAAAAUUUGACAAUUAUUUUUUAACAUUUAAUGAUACUACUUUUCCACUUAUCUACUGCUAGAAUCCCAUUUAAAGGUAUACAACCAUUUAUAUUGCGUUUUAGAUAAAUAAUCUGGAGUAAAAUUCACCCACUACUAUUUUCCCAAUUUUAAUAUUGAGAGCAUAUUUUAAUUUUUUGAUUUUUCGGAUUUAUAUCUGAUAGGAAGCAUUUGUUUAGUUUUUAUUAAGUGAUAUUAGUGAUUAUAUGAUUAGUUUUUUUCUUAAAAUAAACUCUUACUUGAAAAUGUUUUAAAAAUAAAUAUAAACUAUCUUGCCAACAAUACAUAAAACAAUUGUGAAAAAUCAUUUUCAAAAAUUUAACUACUGAAUGUACAUUUAUUUUACUCCAGUUUAUUAAUCUAAAUGUAACAAUGAAUCACUUUUAACCACCUUGAAUAAUUGCAACUAAAACUAUUUUCUUUAAAUUCAUGUUCCAAAAUUCAGACAUUUAUCAGUAAAAAGGUCAAAUGUGUGCAAUUGUAAUUUACCAAUUUAUUUGUGCCAACUGAAAACUUUUAAUUAGUGACUAAUUCGUUUUGUUUGUUUAAUUUUAUAUGUAAUGUAUGUUAUUUUUUUUUUUUUACUUGAUUCCAACUUAAUCCUAUACUCGUACUUAGAUAAUAUUAUUGAAGUGUCAACAUAGUUCCUUUUUUAAUUUUUGUUUUUAUUUUAUAAUAUUUGAUUUGUGGGUGUUAAAAUAAUAUUGAAUAGUAAUCAAUUAUUAAUUAAUAACUUUAAUGCUUUAGAACCUUUGUUAUAGCUAAUUUUUUUAACUAAUUUGUUUUAUUGUGAUUGUUUUUUUUUAGAAAGCUUAACAUGUACAUACUACAUGUAAUACCUAUAUAAUACUAGCGAUUUGGAUGUUUAAAUUGUGAAUGUAAUAAUAAUUAUAAUAAUAAUAGUGUAUACACAUGAAUUUGUGGUUAAAUAAUAAUAUUAGAUGAUUGUCUAAUUUUGAUUUAUUUAAUAAUUAUUGAUACAUCUUAUAUACCAUAUCUACACAUUUGUCUAAAUGUAAAUCUUUAUUAUUAUAUAAUUUACAUUUAUGUGUACUUAUCAAAUAUAUCAUGUGGAUCUCAUUUUAUUAUUACAAACAACUUUGUACAACUGAAGUAGAAAAUAAAGACGAACAAAAUACUAGUAUUGAAUGACAUCUAUAUUUAUUUUCCAUGUGUAUUAACACCUACAUUCAUCCUUAUCAUCCAAUGCUUUAUGCUAGAGUGUACAACUAAU